AUGUCAUCCCAUGAUGAAAAAUGCAUCAUAGAAGAAAUCUCUAAAUCUAAGAAGGGUCCACGGCUGCGAAAAACACCCAGUAGGCCCGCUUGGACUAAAAUACUUCCCGGUUCCGACAAAGGCACCUCUCUGAGGUGUCUGCAGGAUAUUGACCGGAAAGCGCUGUUCGGACUAGUGCAGGAACGUAAGAUAGAGGGCCUGGAAAAGUUCGGCGGUGAUGUUAAGUCAUUGGCGGCCGCCCUAGAAUCCGAUCCGAAAUUAGGAAUCAGUAGUGAUCAUGUUAUCAAAAGGAUGGAAAUGUUUGGGUUCAACGAUUGCAUCAAACCGCCUGUCAGGUCUUUCUUCAGCUUUGUGGUGGAGGCGAUCAGUUUUCAGAUCUUCUGUCUCCUAAUAUGGGGGUUCAUAACGGUUGAAGUGGGGAUCAAGCAGCACGGAGUCGGACAAGGAUGGUACGACGGCGCUAAAAUUAUAGUUCCUCUUACUCUAUUCGUGGUGUUCUACUCUUUUAGCAAGUCCAAGAAAUUAAGGCAGUUUGAUAGGCUGUGGGAUGAUCAGGAGAGUGAAAAUGGAAUGGUGGAGGUUCGUGUAUUGAGAGAUGGACGCAGACAGGCCAUCUCGAUCUUAGAGGUGGUUGUAGGCGAUGUCGUGUGCUUGUCCACCGGCGACCGUGUGCCUGCAGACGGGUUGUUCUUGAAUGGCCGCUCUAUGAAAGUCCACGAGUCAAACAUGAAUGGUGAGAGUGAGACUCAUGAGGUUGACCAGGCCACAAACCCUUUUUUGCUCUCCGAAACAAUGGUGGUUCAUGGCUAUGGCCGAAUGAUCGUCACUUCAGUCGGCAUGAAUACGUCUUGGGGUAUUGAGACGAAUGAUUUAGACCAACUCACGCCGCUACGGCAACGCCUACCCAAAUUGUUUCCCAUGAUCUGGAAGUGCAGUUUGUUGUUCGUCUUCUUUGUAAUUCUUGCUAUCAGUAGAAAAAAGGGUAUAAGGGCCAAUGCCGAAGACAAUGACAUUACUGAUAUGAGUAUCAGUAAGGGUUCUGCCAAUGGUAUUGCCGUUACUGAUAUCAGUAUCAGUAAGGGUCUUUCCAAUGGUCUUGUCGUUACUGAUAUGAGUAUUAGUAACGACAAUCCUUUGACAGAACCAAGAAGAAGAGGAAUUACCAUAACCCAGUGUCCACGUCGAGCCAACGCUUUAGGUAAGGCUUCUACGACGUCUCCUAGACCACCUAAACGAGAGUAG